CACCAGGGCCGGCCUCUUCCUGCGAGCCCCGCGCGCUGCAAUCCAGGAAGUGGAAGCCAGCGGCCCCGCGCUUCCCCACUGGGCGCGCGGCUGGCGGCGGCGCCUGGCCCGGCCCUCGGCGAGGGACAGCGCCAGCGCCACGCGGAGGUCGCCGCGCCUCUGAGCCCCGCGGAGCCGCGUCCCCAACUGCGGACCCCAGGAUGAGACGCUCCGAGGUGACCCCGAGCACCCACCCCUCCGGUGCUACUCCAGAUGCUGGCAAAGGAGAGGGAGAGGAAGAUGAGGAGAAAGACGGCAUGAGGCUCCGUCCGCCAACCACCCUAAAGAACUGCAUCUCACGCCGGGGCAUCAGUGUCCUGGAGAAGCUGGUGAAGACCUGCCCUGUGUGGCUGCAGCUAGGGCUAGGCCAGGCGGAGGCUGCCAAGAUCCUGCAGCAGGAGGUUGCUGGGACGUUCCUAGUGUGCCGGGACAGCAGCCGGAAAUGCCUGGUGCUGUGUGUCCAUUUCCCUUCCCUGAAAGACGACUCCACCUCGGUCCUGGAGUACCCCAUCAAAGAAGAAAAAUCUAUCUUGUACCUGGAAGGCUCCGUCCUUGUGUUUGAGGACAUCUUCAGACUGAUUGCUUUCUACUGUGUCAGUAGAGACUUGCUGCCCUUCACGCUGCGGCUGCCUCAGGCCAUCCUUGAAGCCAGCAGCUUCCUGGACCUUGAGACCAUCUCCAAGCUGGGCCUGGGGUUCUGGGACUCCUCGCUGAACCCUCCGAAAGGUCCUGCCGAGCCCCCCAGAGGCCCAGCCCCUGGGGCCCCUGCAGCCUCCAGCCUCCAGCCCACAAGCCAUUAUGCAAACUGUUCCUGUGAAAUCGAGCUGUCUGUGGGAAACGACCGCCUGUGGUUUGUGAAUCCUAUUUUCAUUGAGGACUGCACCCUACUGGCUGACCCACUGCCUUCGGGAAGCUGCCCUCCACGCCCUGUGCCUGCCACCUUGGAUGCUACCUCACCCACCUCCACGGGGUCCCCACGCCGUCCCCCACCUCCCCCUCCAGCUGGCCCUGCCCGGCCUCCUGUGCCCCCUGCUUGCCCUUUGCCCAACUCCCCCCUGACACCCACCUCUCACCUUGCACCCCAUGCCCCGGGCCCCCCGGGCCACCCAAGCCAACCACCCAUGACAGCCUGUGAGAGUCUCCCACGCCCAGCUGUGGGCCUGGGCCCUUUGGGGGAAGAAGAAAUGAAGCCUGGGACGGCUCCCAGCCCCUUGCAGCCAGCUCCUCCUCCACUGCCCUUGAAGAAGACUCUUCCAGCAGCUCCUCCCAGACGGCGCAUCUCUGAAAGGGUGUCUCUGGAAAGUCAAACUGUGGGGACUGCAACAGUCAGAGACCACCCAAGUGUUUCCAGGACAGCCUCACUCAGCCUUCCUUCCAAAGGCACCGUGAGCAGCCUUGGGGACAGGCCUUCAAGGACCACAGAGCAAGGCCAGGACACAGAGACCAAAGCUAGCCAUGCUAACAACAUACCAGUGCCUCCUGGGAAGGCCAAACAACCCCCUAUUCCACCACCCAGGAAGAAACGGGUCUCUCGGCAGUUGGCCCCCACCCUUCCCAGCCCCUUGGAGAGCCCCAAGCACCCCAUACAAGAGGCGUCCCCCGAGAAGCCAGCACCUGGGGCACCUUGGGAAGGCUUCAGUCCCGCCCCCCAAGCUGGGGUGCAGCACCUCCCUGCCCAGACCAGCACCUGUCCUCACAGCUCUCCAGAGUUCAAGGGUUCCCUGGCCUCCCUCUCAGACAGCCUGGGGGUGCCUGCCUCCGCUGCUGACCAGGACUCCUACUCAACCAGCAGUGCGGAGGAGGAGCUGGAGUUCAGCAGCCCCAACGUGAAGAAGAAGCCCUCGAUGAUCCUGGACAAGGCCCGCCACCGCCUCAGCUUUGUUAGCUUCUCCAGCGUCUUCCACGCCUUCCUCUCCAGCGACCGCAAGCUGUAUAAGAAGGUGGUGGAGCUGGCACAGGACAAGGGCUCCUACUUUGGCAGCCUCGUGCAGGACUACAAGGUGUACAGCCUGGAGAUGAUGGCCCGCCAGGCAUCCAGCACGGAGAUGCUGCAGGAGAUCCGCACCAUGAUGACCCAACUCAAAAGCUACCUGCUCCAGAGCACCGAACUCAAAGCCCUGGCGGAGCCCAACCUGCACUCAGAGGAGGAACUCGAGGCCAUUGUGGAGUCAGCCUUGUACAAGUGUGUCCUGAAGCCCCUGAAGGAUGCCAUCAACUCCAGCCUUCUAGAGAUCCACAACCGGGACGGCUCACUGCAGCAGCUCAAGGAGAACCAGCUGGUGAUCCUGGCCACCACCACCACCGACCUGGGUGUGACCACCAGCGUGCCUGAGGUGGCUGUCAUGGAGAAGAUCCUGCAGAAGCUGACCAGCAUGCACAAAGCCUACUCGCCUGGGAAGAAGAUCUCCAUCUUGCUGAAGACUUGCAAGCUCAUCUACGACUCCAUGGCCCUUGGCAACCCAGGGAAGCCCUACGGGGCCGACGACUUCCUGCCUGUGCUCAUGUACGUACUGGCUCGCAGCAACCUCACCGAGAUGCUUCUCAACGUGGAGUACAUGAUGGAGCUCAUGGACCCCGCCCUGCAGUUGGGAGAGGGUUCCUACUACCUGACCACCACCUAUGGAGCCCUAGAACACAUCAAGAGCUAUGACAAGAUCACAGUGACGAGGCAGCUGAGCAUGGAGGUGCAAGACUCCAUCCAUCGCUGGGAACGCAGGCGCACGCUCAACAAGGCCAGGGCCUCCCGCUCCUCUGUGCAGGACUUCAUCUGUGUGUCAUACCUGGAGCCCGAGCAACAGUCCCGGACACUGGCCUCACGGGCAGACACAGAAGCCCAGGCGCUGUGUGCACAGUGCGCCGAGAAGUUUGAGGUGACACAGCCCCAGGGUUACCGGCUCUUCGUGCUGGUGGAUGGACGCUGCUUUCAGCUGGCUGACGAGGCACUGCCACACCGCAUCAAGGGCUAUCUGCUCCGGAGCGAGCCCAAGCGAGACUUCCACUUUGUGUACCGACCCCUGGACAGUGGCAAGGAUGGUUGGAGCCAGCCCUAUGUAGUGGUGCGGGAGCCCAACUUCCUAUGAGAUGACCCACUGCUGACCUGUGGUGGCAGGGUCUCCUGAGACGAGGAGGAAAGAGGGGCAGGGACUGGGCUCUCGGUGGCCACUCCCAAACACAAGUCAGCCAUGGCCAUUUAUUCUUCUGCGUGUCUGGCCACACAUACCCCAGCACAAGUGUCUGUGUCAGUCACACUGGUGUGCCACUCACUGAGCAUGCCUAAACCAAAGGUGCAGAGUCAGAGCCUGAGGCACUAUGUUAUUCAUUGGACAGUAAGGAAAAAUAUGAAAAAAAAAUAGUAAGAGGCUUAGAAGAACUCUCUAACUUGCAGCAAACAAACCCGACCCUGCUCACACCCAGCCCCUCAGGCCAUUCCCUCUGCCUUCCACAGGUCAUGCCCCACACCCACCUUUAGUCCUAGAGAAGAGCUCACUUUCUCCAGGACUGGCUAACGAAGGGGUUCCUGGCCCCGGCUGCUUGCUCCCUGAGCCUCAGGAUGGAGCUGAGAUGCUCCACACCAACCCAAGAUCUCAGGAGCUUACCCACGUGUGUGUUGGAGAGCCCUAUACCCCACCCCUGCCUCAGAGCUUGCCUUCAGCUACCAGACUGUCCAGUCUACUAGAGCUCCUGAGCCCCACUGGACACAGCCAAGCCAGCUCCAGGGAAACAUGGACAAAUUCAGCCAAUGCCAUGAGACUGGGGGUUGGGGCAUAGUCACUGAAGGACCUGUCCCCUGAUGGAAACACCACAGGUCACGGGUGUUGACAGAUAUACUGUGGCGGAGGGGGGCGGUUAAUAAAAGCCCUUUGCAAAUGCUAAGUCCUCUGAAGGGAUCACAGUUCUGCUCACCAGUCCAGGGACCUGGUGCAUCUCCACCAUCCUGAGUUCCCAUCUCCCCAGGCUCUAGAUUUCUAGAACUAUCCCUUCUACCCUUUGCUAUUACUCUUGGGAGUUCCAGUCCUUUUGCGCUGGGCUCUUACAUGCAUCCUUCAAAGG